CCCAGACUGGGCUGGAAGUGGCGGAUCCGGUUUGUCCCUGGCGGCCGUGAACCGGGUGCUGGAGGGAAUCGGGGUGCGGAGGCCGCGCCAGCAUGGUGGGCGCGGAGAAGGAGCAGAGCUGGAUCCCCAAGAUCUUCAAGAAGAAGACAUGCACGACAUUCAUCGUGGACCCCAGCGAUUCGCGAGGGACCUUGUGCCAGUGUGGAUGCCCCCGGGGUGACCACCUGGCCGUGGCAGUGGAGGAUGCGUUCGGAGCAGCCGUGGUGACCGUGUGGGACAGCGCCGUGCACACCACCGAGAAGCCCACCGAUGCCUACGGGGAGGUGGACUUCAUGGGCGCCAGCCGCAAGCCCAGCAAUUUCCUCCGGCUCUCUGACCGCACGGAUCCAGCCACAGUUUACAAUCUGGUGACGCGCUCAUGGGGCUUCCGGGCCCCAAACCUGGUGGUUUCCGUGCUGGGGGGGUCAGGGGGCCCCACGCUCCAGACCUGGCUUCAGGACCUGCUGCGUCGCGGGCUGGUGCGGGCCGCCCAGAGCACAGGGGCCUGGGUCGUCACCGGGGGUCUGCACACCGGCAUCGGCCGCCAUGUGGGCGUGGCCGUGCGGGACCACCAGAUGGCCAGCACUGGGGGCGCCAAGGUCGUGGCCAUGGGAGUGGCCCCUUGGGGAGUGGUUCGGAACAGAGACACCCUUAUCAACACCAAGGGUUCCUUCCCUGCGAGGUACCGGUGGCGUGGGGACCCCGAGGAUGGGCAGCAGUUCCACCUGGACUACAACUACUCGGCCUUCCUCCUGGUGGAUGACGGCACCCAUGGCCACAUGGGGGGCGAGACCGGCUUCCGACUGAGUUUUGAGUCCUUCGUGGCACAGCAGAGGACAGGGGUUCGGGGGACUGGAAUUGACAUCCCUGUCCUCCUGCUCCUGAUCGAUGGCGAUGAGAAGAUGCUGAAGCGAGUAGAGGACGCCACCCAGGCCCAGCUCCCCUGCCUCCUGGUGGCCGGAUCUGGGGGCGCUGCUGACUGCCUGGCUGAGAUCCUGGAAGACACCCUGGCUCCGGGAGGCGGAGGUGGCAGACACAGCGAUGUCCGUGAUCGGAUUAAACGUUUUUUCCCCAAAGGGGACCCUGAAGUCCUUCUGGCUCAGGUGGAAAGGAUCAUGACCCGGAAGGAGCUGCUGACCGUCUAUUCGUCUGAGGAUGGCCCUGAAGAAUUUGAGACCAUUGUCUUAAAGGCCCUUGUGAAGGCUUGCGGUACCUCUGAGGCUACAGCUUACCUGGAUGAGCUGCGUCUGGCUGUGGCCUGGAAUCGCGUGGACAUUGCUCAGAGUGAACUCUUUCGGGGUGACAUCCAGUGGCGGUCCUUCCAUCUGGAGGCCUCCCUCAUGGACGCCCUGCUCAACGACCGACCGGACUUCGUGCGCUUGCUCAUCUCGCAUGGACUCAGCCUAGGCCAUUUCCUGACCAAAGCGCGCCUGGCCCAGCUCUACAGUGCGGCGCCCCCUAACUCACUCAUCCGCAGUCUCCUGGACCAGGUGUCCCACAGCGCGGGCAACAAAACCCAAGUUGUUAAACCGUCAGUGGAGCCUCAACCCCCAGACGUGGGGCAGUUGCUGCGGCUGCUGCUGGGGGAGACUUGUGCGCCCAAAUACCGCGUGGCUGACGCCGCGGAUCCCCACCUGGACCACGGCUGCAGGGAGAGUACCUGCCUGCUGCUCUCCAACACUGCUCCGCUGGAACUCGGGUUGGACGCUGUGCUCGGGCAGGCACCCUGGAGUGACCUGCUCCUCUGGGCUCUGCUACUGAACAGGGCUCAGAUGGCCGUGUACUUCUGGGAGAUGGGCUCUAAUGCCGUGGCCUCAGCUCUCGGGGCCUGCUUGCUGCUGCGAGUACUGGCGCGCCUGGAGGCCGAGGCUGAGGAGGCAGCGCGCAGGAAGGACCUGGCAGUCAAGUUUGAAGGGCUGGGUGUGGAUCUCUUCGGUGAGUGCUAUCGUAGCAGUGAGGCCCGGGCCGCCCGCCUCCUUCUGCGCCGCUGCCCACUCUGGGGCAACGCCACUUGCCUCCAGCUGGCCAUGCAGGCUGACUCCCGGGCCUUCUUUGCCCAGGAUGGGGUCCAGUCUCUGCUGACACAGAAGUGGUGGGGGGAGAUGGACAGCAGCACCCCCAUCUGGGCCCUGGUUCUCGCCUUCUUUUGUCCCCCACUCAUCUACACCAACCUCAUCACCUUCAGGAAGUCAGAAGAGGAGUCCACACAGAAGGACCUGGAGUUUGACGUGGACAAGGGCAUCAACGGGGAAGGGCCUGUGGGGCCGCCUGACGCCCCAGAGAAGACGACUUUGGGGGUGUUACAGCCAUCCAGACGCAGAGGCUACUCCCCACGCCUGCGCUGCUGGUCCCAGUUCUGGGGGGCCCCCGUGACGGCCUUCAUGGGCAACGUGGUCAGCUACCUCCUCUUCCUGCUGCUCUUCGCCCGGGUGCUGCUCAUAGACUUUGGGCCUGAGCCCCCAGGGGCCCUGGAGCUGCUGCUCUACUUCUGGGCCUUCACACUGCUCUGUGAGGAGUUCCGCCAGGGGCUGGGGGGUGGCUGGGGCAACCUGGCCUCCCGUGGGCCGGGCCACAGUCCCGGCCGGGCCCCACUACGCCACCGCCUACAUCUCUACCUCAGUGACACGUGGAACCAGUGUGACUUGGUGGCCCUCACCUGCUUCCUCCUGGGCGUAGGCUGCCGGCUAACCCCGGGUCUGUAUGACCUGGGUCGUACUGUCCUCUGCCUGGACUUCAUGGUCUUCACACUGCGACUGCUGCACAUCUUUACAGUCAACAAGCAACUGGGACCCAAGAUCGUCAUUGUGAACAAGAUGAUGAAGGAUGUCUUCUUCUUCCUCUUCUUCCUGGGCGUGUGGCUAGUUGCUUACGGGGUAGCCACGGAGGGGCUCCUUCGGCCUCGGGACCGUGAUCUCCCCAGCAUCCUGCGCCGCGUCUUCUAUCGACCGUACCUACAAAUCUUUGGGCAGAUCCCCCAGGAGGAGAUGGACGCGGCCUUAAUGGACCAUGUCAACUGCUCCUCAGACCCAGGAUUUUGGGCACUCCCAAAGGGGGUCCAGGCAGGCUCCUGUGUCUCCUCUUAUGCCAACUGGCUAGUAGUGCUCCUCCUCAUCGUCUUCCUGCUCGUGGCCAACAUCCUGCUGCUCAAUUUACUCAUUGCCAUGUUCAGCCACACCUUCGGCAAGGUACAGGGAAACAGCGAUCUCUACUGGAAGACGCAGCGCUACAGCCUCAUCCGGGAAUUUCACUCUCGGCCCGCACUGGCCCCGCCCCUCAUCGUCAUCUCCCAUGUGCGCCUUCUCUUCCGACGCUUGUGCAGGCGGCGGACCAACAUGCCUUCCUCCCCCGACUUCCACCAUUUCCGGGUCCUCCUUACCAAGGAAGCUGAGCGGAGGCUGUUAACUUGGGAGUCGGUGCAGAAGGAGAAUUUCCUGCUGGCCCGGGCGCGGGACAAGCGGGAAAGCGACUCUGAGCGUCUGAAGCGCACGUCGCAGAAGGUAGACACAGCGUUGAAACAUUUGAAACAAAUUCGCGAGUAUGAGCAGCGUCUGAAAGGGCUCGAACAAGAGGUCCAGCACUGUAGCCGUGUCUUGGGCUGGGUGGCUGAGGCCCUGAGCCGCUCCGCGUUGCUGCCCCCAGGGGGGCCGCCUCCCCCUUCCCCUCCGAAGCACAGAGACUGAGCCCUGCUGAUGGACUUCAGGAGUUGUCUCCAUCUAAUGUGGUUUGACUCCCAGACCAAGCCCAGCCAGUUCUCCACCCCUGCACUGUGCAGCCUCAUCCUGGAGGUGGGCUCUGUGCCCCUGUGCUUGUGCGAGAGGAAGCUCCCCCAAACCAGCCUCGCGGGGAGCAGCAGCCACUGGAGCCCACACAUGGCAGCUCUGAAGGCCUUGCAACAGCCCGCUGGGCGGGAUAAGGGGUCUGGGGUGCAGGAACCACAGACCCACUCACAGCUCCCCAUACUGGGGAAAUAAAGUCAUUUGAGAGGA